CUCGGCGUGCACGGGAGGGAGUUCAGUCAGACGUAUAUAUAUAUAUGGCCUGAGCUGAAGCCGGCUUGCUCACACUGUAGGCGUGAAUCCGAGGUGCAAAGCAUCUGCCAGGACCAUUGCAUGCGCACUGCAGUCUGCUAGACCAGCUCACGUUUGUACCGUUCACGUGCUCACGAUACAACGACCAGUACAGACAUGAAGACAACAGUUGCCUACGUCGCUGUGCUCGUUGCUUUGGGAAUGUUUGCUGAGAUGAGCGGCGCCGCAAUGACAACGGACGCAGAGUGCCACAGACUUCGAACAAAAGUGGAAAAAGUGCGCCCGUACUGCGUCUACCUCUGCCAUAUGCCCGAAGGUUACAUCAAGAUGGGCAUGGAGGAGGACGGCACUCCGUGCAGGUUCUUCGUGCACGAAGGCGUGUGCCAGAACGGCCUCUGCCUCUUGGACAAACCCAGAAAGGAUCGCCCCACGAAAGACGACGGCGCAGAAGGCAAGGAGGGUGGCGCCGUGACGCCCAAGGUUGACGAGAACACCAAGUGAUUCACGCGCCAGAAUGUUAUAACGCCGCAUGGGCUUUCGGCAGAACGGACACUUUCUAGUUUUUUUUUCUUUUUUCUAAUUAGGACCAACGAUGCGUUCAGAGCGAGCUGGCACUGAUGGAGGUCGUGCGUAUUUAUAGCGCUGCUCGCCGUCUGUGAUACUUCUGUAAAUUGCUACCUUGCGGUAGAUUUUACUUGGCGUUGCUACUUAUGGCGUUCAUUGGUCGGUUUGUAAAUAUAGAGCUGUUGACAAAACAGUGGGAAAUAAAAGAAAAUUAUGUUAUUUUGCUGUGCGCGAAAGAAAAAUUAAAGAAAGUUACGGUAUUUCCGUGGCGAAAAACCAAACAUUACCUGGAGAUGUCCCUCGGAAUACUAUAGUAAUAACGAAUUGCGGUUUGUCGCUGCUUCUUGUGACGCUGCGAGCGCAUUAAAGUCACCAAUCUACGUAGCGAGAAGACUAGUUCAGUCGACUUCUAAUGAAGGACAGGAGUGCGUGUGCUUUUUUUUUAGCUUUUCAUUUGCUCAAGAGUUCAGGUCUGAGAACAUUUACUUUUCUUUCCCCUAUCACUAUUCUUUCGCAUUUCUCUCAGAAAAAACAUGAGAGAGAGAUAAAAAAAAAACAUAAGCAAAGCUGUGACGGGGAAUUGCCAUUACAGAAUAUACAUUUUCGAUAUAUUUCUUCCACAUUUUGCGGACCUAGAGAGCAUAUUGCAAAGCCCAACUUUCUACAUUUUAGGUGAUGCAUACUCCUUUCCUUCAGAUGAAAAUAAACUUUGCGACGCUGCUACGAGA